GCGGUGGUGACCCACGCGUAUGAUUCCGUCCAGCCUUUUACAUUUGCGCUCAUACUUCCGACUGCGCUCAGCAUACAUGGAAAACGAUUUCGCUUUGUGAAUGUCCGCCGGGAACAGCUCAUAAAUUGCACUCACAAAAAAAACAGUUCACUUCGUAACUGUGUUUUGAUACAAGUCGAAAAUGUGAUUUUUCUCAAGGGGCAUAUAGAGUCGUAAAAUGGUUUUGGGACCCAGCGUCUCCACAAGGAAAUGGGAGUUUCUGCAUUUAUGGGGACAUGAAUCUAUGUUCCGGGGGCCCGAUGCCUGUGAUGGAGGAAGUAGAUAUCAGUGGCAGUGAGAGCAACAGCAUGCCGAAGAGGAUUGCUCUCAUCUGCUUCCUUUCUCUGGUGAUGCUCAUGAGUGUCCUGGGGAACCUCCUGGUCAUGACAGCUGUCUGCAAGGACCGCCAGCUCAGGAAAAUCAAGACCAACUACUUCAUAGUAUCGCUCGCCUUUGCAGACCUGAUGGUGUCGGUGCUGGUGAUGCCGUUUGGUGCCAUAGAACUGAUUCACCAGAACUGGAUUUAUGGAGAAACCUUCUGCCUGGUCCGGACAUCUCUAGAUGUACUGUUGACAACGGCCUCCAUAUUACACCUAUGUUGCAUAGCUUUGGACAGGUACUAUGCCAUCUGCUGCCAGCCACUGGUCUACAGGAAUAAGAUGACACCACUGAGAGUGGCUCUUAUGUUAGGAGGAUGCUGGGUAAUCCCCACCUUUAUAUCCUUCCUACCCAUAAUGCUAGGAUGGAACAGUAUCGGAAUAGACCAUUUGAUAGAGGAACGGAAGUUCAGCGGUGAUGCAGCCAACUCGACGGCGUGUGUCUUCAUGGUCAACAAGCCCUACGCUCUGACGUGUUCCGUGGUGGCCUUCUACAUCCCUCUGGUUCUGAUGGUACUGGCCUACCAGCGUAUCUAUGUGACUGCACGGGCGCACGCACGACAAAUCGGCGUGCUGCAGCGGGCAGGGGGUGCUGCCGCCUCGGCAGACAGCGCCGACCACCAGCGCAACCACCGGAUGCGUACGGAGACGAAGGCGGCCAAGACUCUGUGCAUCAUCAUGGGCUGUUUCUGCCUGUGCUGGGCCCCCUUCUUCAUCACAAACGUGGUGGACCCCUUCAUAAGCUAUACAGUGCCCGACCAGCUGUGGGCAGCGUUCCUGUGGCUGGGCUACAUUAACUCCAUGCUCAAUCCCAUUCUCUAUGCCUUCUUGAACAAGUCCUUCCGCCGUGCCUUCCUCAUCAUCCUCUGCUGUGGGAGAAAGCGUUACAGCGUCAGGCGGCCAUCCAUACUAGGUCCAGGGCCCCCCUGCUCGGCCACACAGAUCAACGGCUCCACACAUGUGCUCAAGUAAUUGGGUCGUUCCACCAAUUCGAUGCCUUUUGAGAAGUGUAACUUGGAAGGUAGGCUACAAGUUCAACAAAACGGUGAGUCCUGUGUAAAAAUCUAUUGUUCUGUUCAUUCUGUGAAAUGUUUGUUUUACGAGUUCAUCAUCAAAAAGUAUUGAUGCAUCUCGGAUAUUAAAGUUAAUUGAAUGAUUACCCAAUGUCAGUUUGAAAUGAAAUGUUACAUUCUGUGUUUGUAUAAUUUCAGGUAUGCUGCCCUGCACAACGGAAACCAUCUUGAAAAGGAAAAGCAGUCGUUGCAAAAAGAGGACACGGAGUCACCGGAGUCCUGCUUCUGACAACCACAGACAGUCAGACAGGCACUACCCUGUGCAAUCUGAGACAGGGACUGGGCCAGAACCAGCCCUAGAGGGAGUCUCUCUAAGGCAGCCUCUCCCACUGAGAGACCGCCAAACCAACAACAUGUUUGGACUGAAUUCUUAGUAGCGGGAUCGAUUAUGGACUGUGGAAUACUUUAAGGUGAAUAAUGUUGCCAAAGCUAUUUGAUAUUAACUUUGUUUUAAGAUGUGUCGUUUCGUAUUUCCUUUGCUUAGAAAAGGAAGAAAAACACUCAAUCUUUCUGCUCCACUAUAGCUAGCUCUGUUAGUUAACGGAUGUUCCAGUAAUGCUUAGUGUUAUCUGUCACCAAUAUAAACAUUUCAAUAAGCUUUAUUGAUCUAAGGAGGUGCAAUUUCACACAGGCACAGAGGGCUCAUAACCCCUUCAUUUGGAAUUAAGUAUUAACUUGAAAAUGUUCUCAUUUUAUUCAACUUCAGGUCUCUUAUCUCUCGCUGUCAUUGGUGCCCUAUACUCAAUCACUAUCAGCCUAGAUCCCAUAACGUUCCUUUGAUGCUUUGCAAAAUCUUCAAAAGCCGAAAGUGACAAAGUAUUUUAGCACACCCACGGUAUGGUAUGUGAUGAAAUAAUUCAGCCCCUGAAGUGCAUUAUUAGCUACUACACUUUAUAAAUGAUCCCUUCUCUCUCAUGACUCCUCUCUCAGAUGUCGACAAAGAUGGACCAUGCAAUAAGAUGGACAUGUUUUUAAAGAUUAUGGUUGCUGAAGCAAUUUAAUCUUGGUCACAGUAUUUUGCCUCCUACUGAUGUGUGUUGUCUACUACAGUACGUGCAUACUACGUACAGUAUGUGGGUGCAUGCUUGAGAUCAUGUCCUAUACUUCAUGAAGGGCCCCUCUCAACACCACGUGUUCAGUCUAGUCCACAGCAACAUCCCAUUUCUUAUGCAUUACGAACAGUAGUCUGAAAACAUUUGCUAGAGUGUACUACAAUUUUCCGGCAUUUUGUAUUCAUGAACAAUCCAAGGUAUCCCUUGAAAUGUAUAUUUACCUGCACCUGAAAUGUGAACAUUGACUUUCUUUUCCUGUGCCAUUCCAAAGCAAACCAUUCCACUUGCUGAAUCCUUCAGUAGGCUACCAAUGAUGACUAGCUCGUUUAAAAGGCAAUCGCCACCAAAGCCAGCAUUUCAUUUUCAAUGAGUCACCAAAUAGAGGCUCAAUGGUUCAGUUAAUAACAUUCUGUCCAAAACACUGGGAAUAUUUCCUUUCAGAAAACAAUGCAAAGAAAUCAUACAUAGUCAUAUACAGCAGGAUGUAAAGAAUACCAACUGCAUUUUCCCCAUACAUUCAACUGUUAAACACACAUUCAAGUGACGUCUCCCAGCAACUUAAACAAAAUGACACUGUUGAUUGAACUUCCUGAUGAAAUGUCCAAUCUUAAAGGGGCAGUGCAGUCAAAAACAUUAUUUACCAUUUUUUUGUAUGAUAUUUCCAGACUAUCAGGUCGAAAUUACACCCUGAAAUUGUGAAAAUUAUGAAAAUGCCCUUUAAGUGUAAGCUUUUUGAAGAAAAACCAGCAGACACUAUGCCCUCCAUGGAAUGAGUUUGACACCCCUACCCUAGAGUCUAGACCAGAGUUUCCCAACCUUCUCCUCAGAUGUUUCACAUUUGAGUUUUAACCCUAAACUACCACAUCUGAUUCAAUUAGGCAAAGGCGUGAGGAUUAGUUGACUAAUUGAAUCAGGUGUGCCAGAGUUAAAACAAAAAUGUGAGAGGGUUGGGAAACCCUGGUCUAGAUGAUCCAAUCAGAUGUGUCAGUACAUCCACACGAUCAGUCUGAGCAUUUCAAUGGCAAAAGAAGGCUCAGGGAAAUAAAUGAUAGACAAAUAUAUUUUGAUUUACAACCAUGAAAUAAACACUCAGUGAUUUAUUAGACACUGAGUGAUGAUUUAAAAACAUCAAAUGAAAAAGACUGCAUGAGGCUUUAAUAGAAAGCCCAGCAGAGGAUACUGUUUUUAUAAUGUACAUGUUGAUACAUAAAUAUCAGAAUGACCAUUUAAGUUGUCUCUGAGUGGGGUGUUUGGGGCAAGGUUGAGUGUGUUACGCAGUGUCCAGUAGCAUUAAGCCAUAAGUUAUUACAUCCAUCCUGUCUUCCUCCUUACAAAAUGUCAGUCACUCCCUCCUUCCUCCUGUCCUUGGACUCCAUCUUUCCCAUUAAGAUUUUUGAAGUGGAUUUAACAAGUGACAUCAAUAAGGGAUCAUCGCUUUCACCUGGAUUCACCUGGUCAGUCUGUCAUGGAAAGAGCAGGUGUCAAUAAUGUUUUGUACACCCAGUGUAGGCAGAGCCUUUACAGUGCUACACUCUUCUGGAACAGAUUUUAAACCAAUGUUUGUUUUUUUCAUGCUCCUCAAAAAAAGCUAUUUAUCUCAGACUGUGACCUCUUCAUAAUUGAAGCACUAGCACUUUAGUAAUAUAUAGAUAAUGAUGUAAAAAAAAGUAUUUUCAUCAGUUGAUCGUCCACGACCAAUUUUAUAAACAAAGGUAUUUUGAUCACUUAAAUUAUUUACUUUCCUUUUCAUUCAUCCUGAAGAUUUUAUUUUGUAUUGUAUUUUUGAUGAUACAUUCAGAAAAGUCUGUAGUGCAUUAUUUUGGAUACAAAGGUAAAUGCCACAUGUACAAUCCAUGAAGACCCAUUCUAAUUAUAUAAUAAUCAAAAUAGUCUCAAAUCGUUCCCUUUGUGAGUGGGACUUUACUUGCUUACAGUGCAAACAAUGCAACAUAAUGUUUGUCCAUGAACAAUCGUAAAAUUGAAUUUGUAUAUCUUUGUUUGUGUUUCCUUUUUCAGGAAUUUAAUUCAGCCAAUUAAGAAGAUGAUAUAUGCAUUGUACUUCCAGCAUAAUUAAGGCUUAUAUUUCUGGGAUUUUAAAGUGUACAUAGAUGAAUAUUCUUCAGCAAAAAAAGUGGGAUAUGAGUCUGUCUCUUCAGUGAGCUUGAACAAAGCAAUUAUAAUGUCUUUAUAUUCUUCAUUCCAGUAGCUCUGCUGGCCUAUCCUUCCAGCACAGUAUAAUGAUAAAGCCUGAACAUGUAAGCCACCAUAUACUACAGUACACAUGUGUAUGCAUAGUCACAUACAGCUGUUUUUUUUAUGUUCAUAAACCUUGUACAUAACAACA